ACUUUGUGACUGGUGUAUAAAUGAAUCAGUCAGAUUCAGCUGUCUACAGAGCUUUUACCUACAUCAACAUCAACAGUGACCUUGUUUUGUUGAGUGUGAAGGAUGGUGAGAUCAGCCAUGAUGUUCCUCUUGUUGAAUCUCCUGGGACUGGCAGGCUCUAUUGGCGCGACCGUCCCAAGAAAUCUUGCCUUGCGUGGAAAAGCUACACAGUCAGACCUCAUCGAGAACCCAUGGCACGGUUACAGUCAUGCCUCCAAUGCCAUUGAUGGGAACCGCGAUUCACAUUUCCAUCAUGGGUCCUGCACUGCCACUGACGAAUCCACUAACCCCUGGUGGAGAGUGGACCUGCUUGAUACCUACAUAGUCACCUCCAUCACCGUCACCAACAGAGGGGAUGCUGUUCCUGAGAGGCUUAACGGGGCUGAGAUACGAAUAGGAAAUUCUUUAGUGGACAAUGGCAUUCAUAACCCUCUGGUUAAAACAAUUCCCUCCGUUCCAGUUGGCAGUUCUCUCACCCUUGCCUUUGACCCAGGCUUCAAAGGACGCUAUGUGACUGUGGUUCUACCAGGCCAGAAAAGACUUCUGACACUCUGUGAAGUGGAGGUUUAUGGCUACCUUGCCCCAACUGGAGAGAAUGUGGCUCUAUAUGGAAAGGCCACCCAGUCGUCUUUGUAUGGGUUUGGCAUUCCAGGCAAUGCUAUUGACGGGAAUCGCAACGCUAUUUGGAUAGGAGGGUCCUGCACCCACACUCUACAGGACAUCAACGCCUGGUGGAGGGUGGACCUUCUGAAGACCUACAAAGUGUUCUCCAUCAUCAUCACCAACACAGUCGACAGUGUUCCCAGCAGACUCAAUGGAGCUGAGAUACGCAUUGGAGACUCCCUGGAAAACAACGGCAUCGACAAUCCUAGGUGUGCUGUGAUCUCCUCUAUCCCAGCUGGCACUUCUAGCACCUUCCAGUGUCCGGGGAUGGAGGGUCGAUAUGUCAUCGUGGUCAUUCCAGGGAGGAAGGAGUACCUGACCUUGUGUGAGGUGGAGGUGUACGGAUCACCCCUGGAUGGGACUGGGCCUACAUGUAAUUAAAUCAGAUCGUUAACUCUUAACAGCACCCUGCAAUGUUUGGGGAAUGUAUUGUCUUACGAAAAACAAUGAAUGUUUUUUACUAUAUUUCCAGGGGUGGCAGGGUAUCCUAGUGGUUAGAGCUGUUGGACUAUUAACUGAAAAGUUGCUAGUUCAAAUCCCCGAGCUGACAAGGUACAAAUCUGUCGUUCUGCCCCUGAACAGGCAGUUAACCCACUGUUCCUAGGCCGUCAUUGAAAAUAAGAAUUUGUUCUUAACUGACUUGCCUAGUAAAAUAAAAAAUAUGUUAAUUAUCAAAAAUGUAUAUUUACUUUCAAAAAACAAAUUUGGUCCCCUGUUCUGGAAGUUCCUCUUGCACACAGUUUUUUGGAAGUUUGGGUAUAACUUAGCCAACAUUUUGUGUAACACAAAAAUAUUCAUACAUUUUUUGUUGCCUAAUUAUUGGUUAGAUGGUUCUCAUUCAUACUUAGAAAUACAUAUAAUGAUGUAAUACUAUUGCUAUUAUGCUAAAAUGAAUUAAAGGUGAAAUCUUGGAUCUGGAAUCUUUCCAUUAUGUAUUUGGUUGUUUGUGCUUGUAGUCUGUAAAUAGGUCCAUUUUGGCCUCUGUACAAUAAUCCACUCUUUGCCAUUCCCUCUAAAGUUGUAUCCCUAUCUUCUACUCUAAAUGAUUCAAUUGUGGUCGGAAUUACUGCAGAUGACUUUAUUGCUUGCUGCCCUCAUAUCAUAAGACAUGGUGAACAAAGUUUGAAAGACCAUAAACAUAAGCAAAUAUUUACCAGCUGCAUUAAUAUACGGCUGAAUGCUACUCGGAUGACCAGACGAGGACCAGACCAAAUCAAGCAUACAUCAACAUACGUUUAAACUCCACUGGACGUUAGGUUAGAGAAUAUGACAGAAUCCACCACUAGUCCAUUGAAUGCCUUUGACCUUAUUUGGACAUAAUACUAGUGAUGCUAAUUUGUUUACGUAAUGGUAAUUUUAAUUGUACUUAAUAAAACAAGAUGUCAAAGAUGAAAAAUCAGCACUUGAAAGUAGGCUUGAAGUGAAUACUACCAAACUACCUUGAAAGUAAUACUACCAUAGGCAACACCAUGGGGUUAUUAACAGUGACCAUGAGAAGGAAUACAGCGCCUUUGAAAGUACGUUUUCCACAUUUUGUUGUGUUACAGCCUGAAUUGAAAAUGUAUAGAAAUUUAUAUGUUUUUGUCACUGGCUUGUAUAAACCCCAAAAUGUCAGUG